GUGAUGCGAUGAAAGGGAGGGGCAGGUCACAUGACUUCAGCGUCUUCUCAGUCUUGGAGCUGGAGUCUUCCGCCGACUUAAAGAGGCCCUCCUGAUGUGUACUGUGUGGUCGCGUGGCUGCCAGGCUACCUUUCGGGGUAACAGCAGCAGCUUCUGCAUCAAUAAUUGAGAGCAAGUCCAGCCGGCCUCAGAGUUCUCUGGCCCUGAGGCCUCCCCCUCCUGUUCUAGGCUCUGAUCUUCCCCAAGCAGAAGUCUCCAGCACAGGUAAGCAGGGCUCUUGAGUGUGGGUCCCCAAGCACACGAGUUCAAACUCACUAUCACUCACCUACUCACAUCCAUUUAUACACUCUUACCUUCAAUUUUAGUCCCCACCACCACCAGGAGCUCACGAGGGUCAGAUCUGGAGGAAGGGGUGGAUGGAUGGUUCAAGGUAUGGGAGAGGAGAAGGCACUUACCCCCCCAUUAGGGAUAAGGCUUGGGAGAAGAGGCUCGAGUAGGGGGGAAGCAUGUGCUGUGUGUGGACAUGCUUUUACAAGGAAUUCUGAGAGAACAGAAAAGGUGAAUGCAGGGGAGGGGAGACAACUGGAGAAGAAAUAUAGAAUCAAGGACUCCUCCCACCCACAGGGAAGAGCAGAUGGAGGGGUGGGAAGAAAUCUCAUCAGGAGAUGCAGGCGGCUGGGGGGGUGUGGGUAGGAUAUUUCCGAAGACUGUGGAAAGUGGUCCUGAAGGGGUGACGACAGAGAUGAGGCAAAAUGGGUGGGAGAAGUAAGGUGAAGACAGAAUCAGGGGGCAGAGGUGGGAAGAGGUGGUUUGAGGUUGGGUGUAGAACGUAGACUAGCAUGAAUUCCUUGAAAGCACAUGAGCUUGGAAUUGGACCAAUUCAGAUUCAAAUCCUGGUUCUGUUGUGUGACUCUGCACAAAAGACUUAGCCUUUCUGAGCCAUGGUUUGUAAAAUAUAGGGAUAAUACAAAUGACAAGCAAUGGUGGGUGUGGGUUUCCCUGUCUGCCUUCCUUCACCCCAGAGCCCGGGUAGGGACUAUGUCCCCCGCCAUCGCACUGGCCUUCCUGCCACUGGUGGUGACAUUGCUGGUGCGGUACCGUCACUACUUCCGACUGCUGGCGCGUAUGGUCUUGCUGCGGAGCCUCCGAGACUGCCUGUCAGGGCUGCAGAUUGAGGAACGGGCCUUCAGCUAUGUGCUCACUCAUGCCCUGCCUGGAGACCCCAGUCAUAUCCUCACCACCCUGGACCAUUGGAGCAGCCACUGCGAGUACCUGGGCCACAUGGGGCCUGUCAAAGGUCAGAUCCUGAUGCGGCUGGUGGAGGAGAAGGCUCCUGCUUGCGUGCUGGAGCUGGGCACCCACUGUGGGUACUCCACGUUGCUUAUUGCCCGUGCCCUGCCCCCUGGGGGCCGCCUUCUCACUGUGGAGUGGAACCCACGCACCGCAGCAGUGGCUGAAAAACUCAUCCGCCUGGCUGGCUUCGACGAGCGCACGGUGGAGCUCAUCGUGAGUAGCUCAGAGGAGGUGAUCCCACACCUACGAACCCAGUACCAGCUGAGUCAGGUAGACUUGGUGCUCCUGGCACACCGGCCCCGACGUUACCUGCGAGACCUGCAGCUUUUGGAGGCCCAUGCCCUGCUGCCAGCUGGUGCCACUGUACUGGCUGACCACGCGCUGUUCCCUGGUGCACCCCGCUUCCUGCAGUAUGCCAAGAGCUGUGGCCGCUACCGCUGCCGCCUCCACCACACUGGCCUCCCAGACUUCCCUGCCAUCAAGGACGGCAUAGCCCAGCUCACCUAUGUAGGGCCUGGCUGAGGUCCAGGCCCAGGGGCACUUACUGCUGCCUCUCCACCCCCACCGAAGCAAGGACCUCAGAACAUCCAUUCUUCUCCCUGCUUGUGGCCUGACACAUGCUGGACUCAGGGCUAGGGAGGCUGUCCUCCAGCCUCUACCCCACUCCAGUUCUACACUGACCUGAGACAUCAAGUUCUAUCAGGAUGCUUGGUUCCAUUGCCCCCCUCCUUCCAGAGAGCCAUGGAUUGACAGGCAAGAGACCUGGGCUCCCAACCCAACUUAUCACUGAUUUUCUGGGUGACUCCAAGGGAGUCCCUGUGCUGCCUGAAGAUUUAAUCUCUCUUAACACCAAGGAAGCUAGCUGGAAAAUCUGCAGGGGCCUCCUAGCUCUAGGCCUCAGAAGCCUUCCCUCCUCAGCCCAUGCAAUUCCAGUUAGGAUCAGAGGAAACAGUAAACAUUGAGUUAGAGGCUCUGAAGGAAUGGGUACAAGCUGAGCCAGAGAAAAUGGCAAUGGAGCCUGGGCCCAGGGCCAGGGCCACCUCUAGCCCUGGACAACAUGAUCCAGUAGGCUUGCCUGAAAUCCCUUGUAUGCCCUCUCCCUGAAGCUCAAGAGAAGAUGCUGGAUUCCUCUGGGCCCGACCAACAAUUAGGGAAUAGACACGGGGAAAAAAAUAAAA